UUAAGCCUUCUCCUUGUAUGGGAAGCAUCAUCAUGACAUGAGCUGUGCACAACUUACACUAGGAAUACACAGUUUCCCUUUCUCUGGAGGGAAUAUCCAAUGCCAACCUCCAAGUGGGUUCCAAGGAAUGCAGAGAUUAUUGUUGUCUGAUGAUCUUCUUCCCCAAGUGCAAGUGUACUGUGAAGACCAGGAAAAGUCAGCUCAGCAAAAAACAUGGCAGAUGAACAUGAAGGUCAUGAGAAUGAUGAGAUUAUAGUACCACAAAUUAUGGAACGUCGAUAUGUACCAGCUUCUCUUAAAAGCGUCGCCUGGGAAGGUUUCAAUUUUGUUGGACAUGAGAUAAAAAUAGUGGAAUCAACAGAUCUGUAUGGUGCUUUUGUUUGGCCUUCAGCCCUUGUGUUGUGUUAUUUUUUGGAAAAACAUGGAAAACAGUUAUGUAUAGAAGAUAAAAACAUAAUUGAGAUUGGAUCUGGGACAGGACUAGUUGCAAUAGUGGCUUGUCUUCUUGGGGCACAAGUUGUAGCAACAGAUCUGGAGGAGCUGAUUGGAAACCUGCAGUACAAUAUACUACGAAAUACCAAAAUGAAAUGUAAAUAUGUGCCACAAGUUAAAGAACUAAUUUGGGGAUCUAAUUUAGAGAAGAAGUUUCCAAAGUCCUCCUCACACUUUGACUAUAUUUUUGCAGCUGAUGUUGUUUACAACCAUCCGUAUCUAGAAGAACUUCUGGAGACACUUGAUCAUUUGUGCAGUGAAAACACCACUAUCCUUUGGGUUAUGAGAUUUAGGAAAGAAAAUAUGCUUCAGGAGAAUGCAUUUAUUCAGAAAUUCCAAAAGCUAUUUGAUAUGGAGGUUAUCUUCGAUCUGCCAAGUCUGAGCAUAAAACUCUACAGAGCUAGAAGACACAAUCAACAGAAAUGAGAAAUAUUCUGAUAAAAUUACAAAUGGGUUAUUACAUUUUAAAACUACACAUCAUAAAACAAUAAUUAUUCAGG